UCUUGUUCUUCAUUGUUUUAUACUUCUGAUCUUUCAUUACUCUUAAGUUUUCCUUUGUUCUUUUCUAGAUUUCUUCCUUAAUUAACUACAAUUGAUAUCAGAGCUUUUUAUUCUUGAGGGACUUGUAUGUGUUCAUUAAUCUGUUUUAGUGAAUUCCAUGGACGGAGAAAUAAGUUUUUCUUCAAUGGCACCACCAUCUUUUAAUGAAGAAAGUUAUCAGAUUUGGGCAGUCAGAAAGCAGACAUAUCUGGAAGCUUUGGAUCUUUGGGAAGCUGUGGAACAUGAUUACGAGAUUGUUCCCUUACCAAACAAUCCCAUAAUCGCGCAGAUUAAAAAUCACAAGGAAAGGAAAACUAUGAAAUCAAAGGCAAAGACAUGCUUGUAUACAACAGUUUCAUCCACCAUCUUUACUCGUAUUACAUCCUUGAAGUCAGCAAAAGAGGUAUGGGAUUAUCUCAAGAAUGAGUAUGAAGGGGAUGAAAGAAUUCGAGAGUUGCAAGUGCUAAAUUUAGUACGUGAGUUUGAGCUGCAAAGAAUGAAGGAAAGUGAAACCAGAAAGGAGUAUUCUGAUCGACUUCUUAAUAUAGCAAAUCGAGUCAGAUUGUUGGGUUCCUCUUUUAACGAUUCAAGGAUUUUUGAUAAAAUCCUUGUAAUAGUACCUGAAAGAUUUGAGGCUACUGUGACAACCUUAGAAAAUACUAAGGACUUGUCCAAAAUUACACUAGCGGAGCUCUUAAGUGCUUUUCAAGCACAAAAGCAACAACGUGUAAUGAGAUAGGAAGGAGUUGUUAAAGGAUCCCUAUUAGUUAAACAUCAAGAUGAUGGAAGAAACAAGAAGAAGUAGAACAAGAAGAUACAAGGACAAAAUAGUGAGAAUUUCGCUAAAAGCAAGAAGGCUAGCUAUCCUCCUUGUCGGCAUUAUGAAAAAAAAUGUCACCCUCAUUUCAGAUGUUGGAGGAGACCUGAUGCAAAAUGCAGCAAGUGCAAUCAACAGGGUCAUGAAGCUGUAAUUUGUAAAGCCAAAAUUCAGCAGCCUGAAGUUGAAGCUCAAGUUGUUGAUUGAGAAGAUCACCUUUUUGUUGCAACUUGUUUCACAAGUUUUGAUUCAAGUAAAAGUUGGUUAAUGGAUAGUGGUUGAUCUAACUACAUGACAUCUGAUAAGAUGUUCAAAAAAUUGUGGAACAGUGAGAAAAAGAAAGUUAGAAUUGGAAAUGGUGAGUGUCUUGCUGUGAAAGGCAAUGGUGUCAUAGCCAUUACCAGUGGCUCUAGAACUAAACUUAUCACAUAUGUUUUGUAUGUACCAGACCUAGAUCGAAACCUUCUCAGUGUUGAUCAAUUAAUGGAAAAUGGAUUCAAUCUGUCCUUCAAAGACAAAACUUGUGUGAUGGAAGAUCCAUCAGGCAAUGAGAUAUUCAAGGUCAAAUGGAGUGGAGGUGUUUCGCGCUUAAUUCUUUCGAAGAAGAGCAGACAAAUUUUCUCCUGACUGACAACUCUACAGAAGUUUGGCAUAAAAGAAUGGGACAUUUUCAUCAUCAAGGUAUGAUGUUCUUGCAAAGAAAGGAACUUAUGAAUUAUCUACGAAGAUUGCAGAAUCGUUGGACAGAUUGCCAAGCAUGUUUACUUGGAAAAAUGAACAGACUGCUUUUCCCCAAAACAAGUUGGAGAGCAUAAAAAAAGCUUCAUCUCAUUCAUACAGACCUAAGUGGACCUCAUAGAACACCAUCUUUAAAUGGUAGUCUUUACUACAUUGUAUUUAUUGAUGAUCUAACAAGACUAACCUGGAUUUUUUUCUUAAAAUUCAAGUCUGAAGUAGCUUAUGUGUUUUGGAAUUUUAAGGCAAAAGUGGAAAAUCAAAGUGGCUGCAAAAUUCAGACUUUAAGGUCUGAUAAUGGGAAGGAGUACACUUCAACUCAGUUCAAAUAACUCUGUAACAAGGCUGGUAUAGAACAUCAACUAACAAUUCCUUAUACUCCACAACAAAAAUGGAGUAAGUGAGCGGAAAAACAAAACUAUAAUAGAGAUGACUAGGUGCAUGCUACAUGAGAAACAUCUACCAAAAAGGUUCUGGGCGGAGGCUGCCAGCACUGCUGUUUAUUUGCAAAAUUGACUUCUUUCUAGAUCUAUGAAGGAUAAAACAUCAUAUGAAACAUGGUAUGGUCAAAAACCCUCAUUGCAAUUUCUCAGAAUUUUUGGCUGCUUGUGUUUCUCUCAUAUACCACAAGUUAAAAGAUAUAAGUUUGACAAGAAGGCAGUUCUUGAUAUCUUUAUAGGCUAUAGUGUUUUCUCCAAAGCAUAUAAGGUCUAUGAACCAUGAACCUCAAACAGAGAAAAUUGUUGUAAGUGGAAAUGUCCACUUCAUUGAGGACAAGCACUGGAACUGAGAGAAGCCUGAAAACAAUCUAACAGUUGACAGUUUAUUAAAUCCAAAAGAUCUAGUAGAUGAUCCUCUUGUUAGAGGCACGCGGUUAAUCUCUGAUAUUUAUCAGAGAUGCAAUACUGCAAUAUGUGAGCCUGCAAGCUAUGAAGAAGCAGAAGGGGAUGACAAAUGGGUGGCAGCAAUGAAGUAGGAAAUGACAGAAAGAUUAUUGGUGUAAAAUGGGUCUUUAGGACAAAGUUGAAUGCUAAUGGUUCCAUUAACAAAUACAAAGCGAGGCUUGUAGUGAAAGGUUACACUCAGAUCUUCGAAUUAGACUACUCAGAAACUUUUGCACUAGUUGAUCGACUUGACACAAUCAGAUUGCUACUAGCUAUUGCAGCAGAAAAAGGUUGGAGAGUUUAACAACUUGAUGUUAAGUCGGCCUUUAUCAAUGGUCUUCUCCAAGAGGAGAUUUAUGUUGAGCAACCAGAUGGCUUUGUUGCCAAGGGGCAAGAAAAUAACAAGAUUGACAAUCAUUUGCUCAGUUUAGGUUUCAAGAAGAGCCUAUCUGAGUCUACACUUUAUAUUAAGUGUUCAGGUGCAGAGAUACUUAUUAUUUCUUUGUAUUUUAACGAUCUGUUUGGCACAGGAAGUAAGGUUUGCCUAAUUGAAGACUUCAAGUUGGAAACGAGGAAGGUCUUUGAAAUAACAAACAUUGGACUAACGGCGCACUUUCUUGGAGUGGAAA